UAAACUAUGACAUAAACGUGCACUAACCAACGAGGAUUAUGUCAUCAUUAAAACACAUGACAACGCACUCGUGUUACAUAGUAAUAAUAACGUGGAGUAGCUGCGAUUAAUUGUGAUCAUUUGCCUGAAUAUAGUCGUAGGUUAAAGUUCGUCCAACCGGCUGACAAAGUGAGCUCUAUUGCUACUACUAAUACUGAACGCAAAAAUAGGAUAAGACAACAAACUGUUACUGGUAUGGAUGAAAUUGUGCACAGAGCGGAUCAAUUUAUUGAAAACUGUGAAUUCGAAGAAGCAUGUUGUCUUUUACGUCAAUACGCGGAUCCUCCACUAUAUGAAAUAUUGUGGCGGUUAGCAAAUUCUUUGUAUUGCUUCAGUAGAGAGUGGCACCGAAAAGAUAAAAAACGUUCAGAAGACCUGAUCGUUGAAGGGUUCGAGAUAUCUUCAAAAUUGUUGGAAACUUCGCCAAAUGAAUCAGCUUCACAUAAGUACUACGCCAUAUUCCUCGGAGAGAAGGCAGGAAUUUCCGGCCCAAAGCAACAAAUACUAUCCUUAAACAAAGUCCUCUCCCACAUUAAGACCGCCAAACGAUUGGACCCCUCAGAUCCCUACGUGUGGUAUCUGGAAGGGGGCUUUUACGGAAAACUACUCCGGCUGCAAUGGUUCGAAAAACAGUUGGUGUACACACUGAACAGCAAUCUGAUUAAACCAACGUACGAUGACGCACUCCGGUGUUUGCUCAAAGCGGAGGAGAUUGAGCCGAACUUUCUUCGCCACAACCAAUAUCUUAUCGGGAAGGCCUAUUUUGAUCAGAAGGAGUACGAUAAGGCCAAACCUUAUCUGUUGAAGCUGGCUAAUCUUGGAAUACUCAGAACCGAAGACGAUAAGCACGCAAAGGAGGAAGCAAUAAUAAUGCUGACCAAAAUAUAAUCCCACUUCAUUAUUUACAUAUAGUUUUG